UCUUCUACAUUUAUCUGUAAAGAGCAACAUAUCUUGAACAGUCUAAACCAUAACUUGUUUCUUUCUAUAACCUCACUUUGGUAUUGCUUCUUCAGCUGCAUGAUUACACACUCAAACACAUUGUAGCAGUAUAAUAUUUUCCAAUGCCUCUUCCUCUGCUUUCAAUGAACCAUGUCUCUUUUGUUUGUAGGAGUGUGCAAGAAUCUGUGAAAUUCUAUGAAAAUGUCCUCGGAUUUGUCCUUAUUAAGAGACCAUCUUCUUUCAAAUUUCAAGGAGCUUGGUUAUUCAAUUAUGGCAUUGGAAUUCACCUACUAGAGUCGGAUAAAGUUGCAGUGAAAAGAGGAGAGAUCAACCCGAAAGAAAAUCAUAUUUCGUUUCAGUGCUCAGACAUGAAGAUUAUAAUGAACAAGCUUGAUGGAAUGAAGAUUGAAUAUGUGAAAGCAGUUGUGGAAGAAGGUGGAAUUGAAGUUGAUCAAGUGUUCUUUCAUGAUCCAGAUGGUUAUAUGAUUGAAAUAUGCAAUUGCCAAAAUCUACCUGUAAUUCCUAUUUCCACUAAUAGAACUAAUCAAGCUCCAUCCUUUUAUAGAGAAGGAAAACACUGUUCUUCUGCAGAAGAUGCUUUGUUGAUGAUGGAGAAAUUGAUGAUAGAUUUGUUAAGGAUUUCAAUAUAAGGAUUUUCUUGGGAUUGACAUAACUUUACUAACUCACAUAUGGUACAAAAUUUGUGUGCAAGUAUUUUUAUUAGAGUCAAUGCUAUCACAAUAGUAUAUCAUUUUCUACAAGAUCCAAGCAUGUUUUUUAAAACAUGACAUGACAACAACAUCAAUGCUUGUUGAGCAUGUUAUUGUUCAAAACCACAUGACAAUAACAGCUAUUUUGUGCAUGUGACAGCUGCUAUAUUGUAAU